AUGGCGUCCGCAAACGCCCUGCGGAACCUAAUGCGGCCAUCGGUGACGGUGAUGACGGCUCGAAUUCAUCCCGCCAUGUUCGCCGUCGCCUCCUUUUCGACCAGCCCUGCCCUCGCCGCCGCCCCUCCACCGACGAUCAAGAGCAGACGAGAUCUUCCGAAGAAGACAAAGAAGACGUACAAGAAGAAGUCCAACGUCGUACCUGUCAAGAAGCCGAGCCCGGGCGAGCGAAAGGCGUUCCGGCAGCGAAUACAGCUCAGCAACAACAGCGCACUGCCCGUCCAAGGCCUCGGGGAACUGGCACCGGAGACGAUGGCGAGUGCGGAGAACAAGGGCAAGCUUUUCACGAUCCCCGACCAGGUGGUGGACCUGCUGCGGACGCUCGAAGCCUUCAAGCCAACUCAGUCGUGGAACCUAUUCAGGCGGCCGCAUUUCUUGGUCCGCGAGGAGACGGCCCAGUUGAUCGGCAGGCUGGAGAGCGCAAGGAAAGGAAAGGAGUCACUCACAUGCGUCCUGACGGGUAGUCGGCUGUCAGGGAAGAGCUUGACCCUGCUGCAAGCCAUGGCACAUGCUCUGUUGAACGGAUGGGUGGUCAUCCACGUUCCCGAAGGUCAGGACCUCACCAACGGAAACACCGAGUACGCGGCUGUCACGGACACCAACCCAACCCAGUAUGCCCAACCGGUGUACUGCCUCAAGCUUCUUCAGAAUAUCUACAAGGCGAAUAAGGCGGUCCUCGAAAAGCUGGAGAUGCAAAAGGACUGGUCCAAGCUCACAAACUUGAAGAGCGGUGCCACGCUGGCCGAUUUGGCCCUCAGCGCCAAGGAGAGUGAAUAUGCGUGGCCCACGCUCCAUGCUCUCUGGACGGAGCUGACCCUGCCCGGCCGUCCUCCUGUUCUGUUCGGCCUCGACGGCUUGUCGCACAUCAACAUGAUCAGCGAAUACAGGGAUCCGGCCUUCAAUGAGAUCCACGCCCAUGAUCUCACCCUCAUCCGCACCUUCGUCGACGCUCUGUCAGGCGCGACGAAGCUUCCCAACGGUGGCGCCAUCAUCGCCGCGACCUCUGGCAACAACGCCCACCACCAUCCCUCUCAGGAGCUCGUCUUGUCCCAGCUCGAGGCUGGCCAGGCCGGUCGUGAUAUCCCGAAGCCGAAUGCGUACGAGCGAAAGUACGACGAUCGAGUGUACGACGCCCUCAAGAACAGCUACGUUCUUCGACUGGAGGGCCUCUCCAAGGAUGAGAGCAGAGCCUUGAUGGAGUACUGGGGUGCCAGUGGGCUAGUCAGAGAUGUGCUCAACACGCGGACCGUGUCCGAGAAGUGGGCUCUCGCUGGUCAUGGUAUUGUCGGUGAGCUGGAGCGUGUUUCUCUCAUGACGAUGCGCAUGUAA